UAAUUGGACGGGCGCUAGGGUUCUACCCUCUCAUCUCUCCGCCCUCCUCGCGCCGCCGCCCCCGUCGUUGGAGCAGAAGCCGCCGCCUCCGUCGUCGUAGCAGAAGCAGGGAUCCCCAUCACCAACAGCCCAAGAAAUUAAGCAUGGAUACGCAGGUGAAGCUCGCAGUGGUGGUCAAGGUGAUGGGCCGCACCGGGUCCAGGGGUCAGGUGACCCAGGUGAGAGUCAAGUUCCUGGAUGACCAGAACCGUCUCAUCAUGAGGAACGUCAAGGGGCCUGUCCGGGAGGGCGACAUCCUCACCCUGCUCGAGUCUGAGCGGGAGGCCAGGAGGCUGCGCUAAGCACUUUCUUUCUUCACAUGUCUGUCUUUGGAAGUACUCCUGAAAUGAUGUGCUGUUGCCUUCUUACUCUACUGCUUUCGUCUUUUGCCUUGGCUAUGGAGAUGUAAUGAGUUUCCUUCUGUUGCCUACAUUAAAGUGCACUUGAUGUUAUUGUUGCACACCUCUGGGUAAUGUGAAUCGACUAUAUUGGAUCC